AAGAAACAUGGCGGUCGGAGGGAAUUUUAUUCCCGCAACUUUAUUAGUGAUUUUAUCAUGUAUUUUACACAUCUCUGAAGUAAAAAGUCAAGCAUUAACACCGCCAUACUUCAAUCUUGCCGAAGGGAAGGAUGUGAACGCGAGUGCGACAUGCGGAAUAGGAGUAAACGAACCUGAACUUUACUGUCGACUAACCGGCGCGAAUCCCGGCGUUGUGGGAAGAGGCGAAGAACAAAAUCUGAUCCAAGGACAACUAUGUGAAUAUUGUGAACCAUCGGGAGAGAAUGCUCAUCCAGCCUCUAAUGCAGUGGACGGUAGCGAAAACUGGUGGCAAUCCCCCCCUUUGUCCAGAAGCAUUACUUUCAACGAGGUCAAUUUUACAAUUGAUCUUGGACAGGAAUUCCAUGUUGCCUAUGUCUGGAUUAAGAUGGCUAACUCACCCCGUCCUGGGGUGUGGGUCCUCGAGAAAUCUGCUGAUUUUGGUAAGACAUUCACUCCUUGGCAGUACUUUGCUGACACGAAUAGUGACUGUAACACCCUGUUUGGACUGCCAUCUCGGGGAAGAUUAGAUAGGGAUGACUCUGUGAUUUGUACAACUCAUUACUCAAAGGUUGUCCCAUUGGAAGGAGGAGAGAUUGUUGUUUCCCUGGUGAAUGGACGCCCCAAUGCUAAUGACUUCAGUAACUCUGAGUCGCUGCAGGCAUGGACUCUAGCAACUCACGUGAGACUGAGGUUCCUGAGGACCAAGACACUCUUGGGACAUUUAAUGGCUUUGGCUAGGCAGGACCCCACUGUCACAAGAAGGUACUACUACAGUAUCAAGGAUAUCUCAAUAGGUGGAAGAUGUGUCUGUAACGGCCACGCAGAUGUCUGCGACAAAACUGAUCCAAUGAACCCUAACAAACUGAUCUGCCGGUGCAGAAAUGAAACCAACACAUGCGGUGAUCAAUGUGACGAGUGCUGUCCUGGUUUUGUACAGAAGAAAUGGCAGAAGAGCUCUCGAUAUGUUACCAACCCAUGCGAGCCUUGUAAUUGCCACAGUCACACCACUGAAUGUGUGUACAAUGAAGAGGUUGCCCAGAAUAGGACCAGUUUAGACAUCUAUGGUAACUACGAGGGUGGUGGUGUAUGUCAAAACUGCCAGCACAAUACUGAGGGAAUCAACUGUGAACGCUGCAAGUUUGGUUACUACAGGCCAGAGGGUACUCCCCUCGACUCCCCAUUUGUGUGUGUGCGCUGUCGUUGUGACCCCACUUACUCUACAGGUGACUGUGAAGAUGGUACAGGGCGUUGUAAAUGUAGGCAGGAGUACACCGGGGAGAACUGUGACAGAUGUGCUCCUGGUUACUAUGGCUACCCAAGGUGUGUACCAUGUGACUGCAACGUGAAUGGAACACAACCAGGGAACUGUGAAGCCAUCAGAGGAACCUGUCCAUGUAAGGUUGGCUAUGCUGGUGACCUCUGUGACCAAUGUGACUAUGGAUACUAUGGAUUUCCCAAUUGCAGAUCCUGUGCCUGUGACAGAACUGGAUCUCUUGGUAGUGGCUGUGAUGUCACAACAGGUCAGUGUACAUGUAGCAACAGCUACGGAGGACUAACAUGUGGGGAAUGCGCCAAUGGCUACUACAACUUCCCAUCAUGUGACUACUGUGGCUGUGAUAUGAUUGGCUCUGCUGAGGAGGUUUGUGACAAGUUGUUUGGACAGUGUAUCUGCAAGGAGAACUAUGGAGGGGACAGAUGUGAUCGGUGUGCACCUGGUUACUAUAACUACCCAACCUGUAUGGAGUGCCAGUGUACUGACCCGGGCUCACGUGGAAAUUCGUGUGACGACAGAGGCCAGUGCUACUGUAACCCUGAAUAUGGGGGUCAGUUGUGCCAAAACUGCGCUCCAGGCUAUUUCAAGUACCCAGAAUGCAACUCUUGUGAUUGUGACCCAUAUGGCUCGUAUGGUAUAUCAUGUGACCAAGAAGGGGGAGACUGUACCUGUAGAUACAACUUUGAAGGUGUGAACUGUGACAAAUGCAAGGAGGGUUUCUACAACUAUCCAGUCUGUGAAGAGUGUAACUGCAACCCAGCUGGUGCUCGUACAAUUCCUGGACUCCCAAUUGGAGGAUGUGGUUCCUUCAGUAAUGGCCAGCUCUGUGAGUGCAAGGACAAAGUUCAAGGUCAUAUCUGUGACACCUGUAAACCAGGCUACUGGAACCUGAAUGUCAAUAACCCACAGGGUUGCGAAACCUGUAAUUGUCACACUCCUGGAACAAUAGGUGGCACUAGUGAUUGCAAGUCAGCAGACGGACAGUGCGUGUGUAAGACAUUUACAACUGACAGGCAGUGUUCCGAUUGCACACCUGGGACAUAUGACUUGCAGGAGUAUAACUUGUUUGGAUGUACCAAUUGCCAAUGUGAUGUUGGUGGAGCACUGGACAACACCUGUCGCCAGUCAGAUGGUCAAUGUAGUUGUCGGCCACGUAUUAGAGGCAGACAGUGCGACAAACCAAUUUCCAAACAUUUCUUCCCAACUCUUCAUGAGAACAAGUUUGAGUUUGAAGAUGGGCGCACAAGCACUGGUGGGAAAGUUCGCUACAACUUUGAUAGCAAUGCCUUCCCGGAUUAUUCCUGGAGAGGCUAUGCCAUCAUGUCAAGGCUUCAGGAAGAGGUACUGGUAGAUGUUGACAUCACAAAGCCCAGUUUAUACAGACUCGUGUUCCGUUAUGUCAGCCGUAACUCUGCCCCCAUCACUGCUGAGGUUACCGUUACACCUGAUACCUCUGUAGAUGCAGAGCAAUCCAGCUCUGUGACAUUUGAGUCGACUUAUUCUCCUCAAUUUGUGACAGUUGCUGGAACUGGCGGUAUAGCUACAUUUGUCCUGAACCCUGGAAGAUGGAGCAUUUCAGUGAAGACAGCCGAGAAUGUACUUCUUGACUACUUGGUACUGCUACCACAGGCUUACUAUGAGGCCACUAUUCUACAGGAAUUUGUUUCUCAACCUUGUGUCGUGCCUGACAAUGGCCAACCAUGUCGUCAUUACACUUAUGUUGAUCUCGCCAACUUCGAGAAAGCACGUGCAGAGGAAGGUUCAGUCACUGUAAACCAAGAAAGACGUCGCGUGACCACAUCAUCUGAUCGUGAAACAGCUGAUGCUCUUGGGGUACCUUAUCUGACGCCACUAAACCGCGAUCAGAACUCAAUAAAUCUGAAUGUACGUGUCGCAAAGAGCGGCCAGUAUGUAUUGGUGGUGAGAUAUCGUAAUACAAGACCUAAACAGACUCAGACUAUCAAUUUUGAUGUCGCUACCCGAGGAGCUCGUGGAACUGGAAGUGCUGACAUGUAUGCGUGCCCAUUCAGUGCCCUAUGCCAACAGGUCAUUAAGGAUGGUGAUGAUAUGGUAGGGAUCUACACCAUUGAUGGAGACUACGCCUCUAUUACAAUCUCAGGCAACAGAAACACAGAUCUGCUCUUGGAUUCAGUGAUUGCUAUCCCCAUUGCUGAAUGGGAUAUCAACUAUCUUAAGCCCAGACUGGAGUGUGUGCGUCAAGGCACUGUUUGUAUGGAAGGCAUGUACAGCAGUGCUACAGGUGCCGUCAAGACUGAGUUUGAAUCUGGGGAAAAUUCAGGACGUGUUUCACAGACUCUUCCUCCUAAAAUCAUAGACACAUCUAUCAAGGUUGUGAAGUUGGAUCGUAGAGAACCAAAUAUUCGUGUGAAUGUUCAAGUAUUGAAUCCUGGGAAACAUGUGUUUAUUGUACAGUAUUACCAACCAAGUGGCGUAGACUAUGAUAUCAAUGUCAUUGUAGAAGCUGAUGGCCAAUCCUCUCAAGGUCGAUUCAAAGCUGAGUACUGCCCUGGUGUAUCUGGAUGCCGUGGCGUGAUUACAUUUGAGGAUGUGAACCAUUUGGAUAUCUCUAACACUGAUGUUCGUAUCAUCUUUAACAACACUGAAGGAAGGACUCUAUUUGUGGACUACAUCCUCAGUGUCCCAGCUGAGCAUUUCACCCCUAACCUUCUUGAGUUUGGCGCUAUGGACAAAACUGGUCAAUUCUUCACAAGAUGUGCUGGUAAGAACUUCGAAAUAAACCCAGCUGAUGUUGGACCAGGAUUCUGUCGCCGUGCUGUGUUUACCUUGACAACUGAAUACAACAAUGGUGCGUCACCAUGUGGAUGUGAUGUCGAUGGUUCUACCAGUUUCUCUUGUAAUGAGUUCGGAGGACAGUGUCAAUGUAAACCAUACAUCAUUGGCAGAACAUGUAGCCAAUGUAGGACUGGAUAUUAUGACUUCCCCAACUGCAAACGAUGCAACUGUCCCAGUGGCCUCUGUGAGCCAAGGACUGGGCGUUGUGUUUGCCCAGAGAGAGUGACAGGUGAAAAUUGUGACACAUGCUUACCUAGGACCUUUGGCUAUGAUCCCCUCAUUGGAUGUGAGGACUGCAACUGUGACCGCCAAGGUGUAAGAGGUCGCAACAUGAACUGUGAUGUCAACACAGGGGCCUGUGACUGUAAAGAUAAUGUAGGUGGACGACGUUGCAACUUCUGCUUAGCUGGAUAUUAUGGCUUCCCAGGCUGUGCUGAAUGUAACUGUGAUCGCAGAGGUACCAUGCCAGAUAUCUGCGACCAGCAAUCUGCAAGGUGUAUCUGCAAAGAGAAUGUUGAAGGUCGCCAAUGUGAACAAUGUAAACCAGCAACGUUUUAUUUGGAGAGUAGAAACCCAGAAGGGUGCACAAAAUGUUUCUGUUUUGGUGCAACGAAUGUCUGUGAGAAAUCCCAGUUGAGACGUAGCCAGUUUCGUCACAUGGCUAAUUGGAUGGUUACGAAUGUUUACGAUCCACGCAUUGAUGAACGUGGACAGACAAUCUCCUUGGAGGUGAGAGACAACAUCAUUGAUGCAAACAAGGCUAUCUAUUGGGUGGCACCAUCUCGUUACAAUGGCAACCGAGUGACAUCAUACGGUGGUAAACUGACAUACACAGUGCUAUUCACCAUUCCAAGAAGAGGAAAUUCUGAGGGUUUGAUUGAAGAUGAUGUGAUCCUAGUUGGAAACAAUAUGACCAUUGUUCAUCUCUCAGAAACUCAGCCAUCACCUGGUUAUCCCCUCACAGUAGAGGUUGAUCUGCUAGAGAGACAUUUCACUCACGCUGAUUCAAACAAUGAUGUUUCUCGCGAACAAUUCAUGACCAUCCUUGCUCGUCUUGAAUCAAUCAAAAUCCGGGCAUCAUACUAUACAGUUAUCGAACAAGCCAGCUUAAGUGAUGCAUCCCUCGACAUUGCCUCCAGGAGUGGGUCUGGAAUGGCUGCACAUAAUGUAGAGGUCUGCGAAUGUCCCCCAAGAUAUACAGGAUCAUCCUGCGAGUCUUGUAUUGAAGGAUAUUACCAUGGUAGCGGUCCAUAUUUGGGCGAUUGUGUUGAAUGCAAUUGUAAUGGACAUUCUGAUAGGUGUGAUUCUGAGACGGGAGUCUGCGUUGACUGUCUACACAACACUGAUGGACCCAACUGUGAGGUGUGUAAAGAGGGUUACUAUAGAGACCAGAGAACCCAGGAAUGCAAGAUUUGCUCAUGUCCACAGGGUGUUGAGGGAAACAACUUUGCCACCACCUGUGAGGUGAGCGGAGGAGGCACUGUAGUGAAGUGUAGCUGUAAGCCUGGCUACACUGGCCAAUUCUGUGAGGUAUGCGACCUUGGCUUCUGGGGGGACCCUAACAUCCCUGGGGGUGAAUGCAAGCCAUGUGGGUGCAGUGGAAAUAUUAACCUCAUGGACCCAAGCAGUUGUGACAAGGCCACUGGAGGAUGUCUUAGGUGUAUCAAUAACAGUACUGGGCCAAAUUGUGAACAGUGUGCCGAUUGGUUCUGGGGAGAUGCCCUUGCAAGAGACUGUCGAGGUUGUACUUGCGAUCAGUGUGGUAGCAGAUCAUGUGAUAAGUUCACUGGGACCUGUAAUUGUCAAAACAAUGUGAUUGGUCGAGACUGUAACCAAUGCGCCCCAUAUACAUUCGGGUUCGAUAGCUGUAAUGGCUGCGAGAGAUGCGAUUGUGCUGAAGGAUCUUUAAGUGAUGAUUGUGACAUUAGCAGUGGCCAAUGUGAGUGUGCUCCUGGUGUGACUGGACGACAAUGCAAUCAGUGCAAGAGGGGCUACUGGAAUUAUGGUCGAAAUGGAUGUGAAAAAUGCGACUGUGAGUAUGAAGGUGCUACAACUUGUGACCAGAGUACUGGAGAAUGUAUCUGUCUGCCAGGUGUAACUGGACCCAAGUGCGACAUGUGCCUGCCUCGCUGGGCCCCAGUUGAAAAUGAAGGAUGUGUUGAAUGUGACACAUGUACACAUCUGCUGCUUGAUGAGAUCGAGAUCUUGGACUACAAUCUAACAUAUGUCAUCAAGGACCUGGAGAAUGUUGCAGUUGGAGUGGCUGCUUACAAACGUCUUAAUGCCAUUAACAGGACUGUAACCGAAUUGAGGCCAAGAGUUGACAACCUGAUACCACCGACAGCUGUGGAACUGGAUCCAUUGAAGAAAGAAGUUGAAGAGGCCAAGAGAAUGAGUGAACGUGUGGGACGUAGGGCUGGUGAUACAGUAGAUGAAGCUCAAGGACUGAAUGAAGACACACAGAAUUUUGUUGAAGAGAUAACAAGCAUGGGACCUUCAGUUGCAAUGUCAUUGGAAAUGUCCAGAAAGGCAGUCGAGUUUGCAAAGGAAGUCUUAGCUGACUUGUUGGGACGUAUAGGGAACACAAAUGUGGCUAAACUGGUUGAGGAGGCUGAGAAAAUCCUCAAAGAGAUUCAGGAUAGAGAUUUUACUGAGAGAGAUGAUCAGGCCAGAAUUGAACUAACCGAAGCUAUUGAUGCACUAAAUCGUGUGAAAGAUCUUGCCAAAAGGGCCAAUGACCAGAUGAACCGAACCAUGGAAAUCACUGAUAACAUUGAUGACAUAGAAGCUAAGCUCCUUGACCUCCAGAAGAACAACCGUAAAUCAAUGGAUGAUUCUAUGCUUGCUGAUGAUAUGAUGCUUAAGAAUAACAUGACCAUGAGAAUGAUCAUCGAGGACAUAGCCAAGUCUAAUACUCUGAAGGAUGACUGCAGGAUGGUACUGGACAUGGCAAAGGACUUACUUGAACAGGCUAAGGAAUUCUUGAGGAAUGCAACCAUUGCUUUUGAUGAGUUAGAUCAAGCAUCAUCUGAGUUAGAUGGGGCUAUGCUUAAACUUCGUGAUUUCAUCAACACUCGCAAGAUGGAGAACGAAAAUUUGCGGCCAUGUGUAGAGAAAGGUACAAUCCAUGCUAGGAAUCUCACCUCUGAUGCUGAUCUCCUUGAGAAAACAUUUGCUGGUGUUCGAAACCUGUCUGAAGAUGCUCUGAGAGCAGCUAAUGCCUAUAAGGACAUUGUUGAUGCCAUCAAUGCUGCACUGAAGGCUGCUGAAGCUGCUGUUGAUGCUGCAAUGGAAGCUUUGACCAACUCGGAAGGACUGGGCGAGAGGGCUAGGAAGUCGAGAAGGAAGAGUGAAAGACUUCUUAGAGAAGCUAAUGAAGCGAGUGAUAAGGUGGAGAAUGACUUGAGGAAUCAGUUGGAUAGUGCUAAACAGUCUGUGUCAAAUCUAGAUGAUCAACUUAAACGUGCUAGGGACUUGCUCAACAUGCUUCUUGAUGGAUUAGAUACACUGCCUGAAGAUGGUUUUGGUGAGGAGGCUCAAAAAGCUGCUGAUAAAGCAAUGGAUGCUCAGACCAGGGCAACUAAUGCCAAGGACCAGAUCCAAGACAUCCUCGACGAACUACCUGAAGACAAGAUCAAAGUGCAACAGAUCCCUGAGGAUAUCCUGGCAGCAAAUAAGGCCAUUGACAGAGCAAAGGCACAAGUGGAAAAGGUUCAGGAUAUGGUACCAAAAGCAGUUAACCUCAUGGAAAAUCUAAAUGUAACCAAGGAGAUGGUAGAAAGAUUGGGAAAAUCUGUCAAAGUUGACCUUGAAGACUUGAAGAACAAUAUCCGACUGGCUAGGUUUGAAGCUAGUAGAAUCAAGGUUGGGGUGAGAUACAAGAGCGAUUCCACACUUCAAGUACGUAACCCAGAUGGCUUGGGUGACAAGGGAUCUCGAACACGGGUCGAGUUGUUUUUCAGAACAACAGAACGCGAUGGCUUCCUGAUGUACCUCGGCUCAGAUGCACCUAGAAGUGGCCUAAACAUAGGAGUAGAUUACUUCGCUCUUGAGAUUAUAGAUGGAAAGGUUGUAUUCAAGUAUAACUUGGGAUCAGGAGCUGCGGUUAUCACACACCCGAAGGAUGUUGAGAAAGAUAAAUGGCACCAUGUGAUUGCAGAAAGAAGUGGCAAAAAGGGUACAUUGUUAGUACAGACACCAGAGGAUCUUGAUGAAGAAGAGGCAGUAACUGUAACUGGAGAAUCUAGAGGCACCAUGUCUAUACUUUCUCUCGAUAAAGAGACAACUAAAUUCUUUGUGGGUGGUGUACCAGAUACCUCAAAUAUCAAUGAUAUCAUCAGCCGUAAGUUUGUUGGUUGUAUUGAGGAUGUCACGGUUGACUAUGUGCCCAUUGGGUUGUGGGACUUUGUUACAGCAGCGAAUAUAGAUGAAGGAUGUAGUCCUAGGAAAAAGCCAGAUGCGAUUACUGUUAGUGAGUACAAGUUUGAUGGCAAUGGGUACAUUGUCAUAGAUGCAGCAAGAUUCAGACCAGCUAAGAAGAGUAACAUCAAAUUGAAAUUCAAGUCAUACGCACCAAAUGGACUUCUAUUCUUCAUGGGUAAAGGAACAGAUUUCAUGUCAAUUGAACUCAAAGAUGGGAAGAUUUUCUACCAAUAUGACCUUGGCAAAGGAAGAGCUUUCUUGGAAACUCCAAAACGCUACAAUGAUGGACAAUGGCAUGAAAUCCAGGCUAUCAGGAAAGAACAGUCAGGCCUUCUUAUUAUUGAUGGAGAAACAGAUUCACAGAUAAGGGGUGAUUCACCAGGAGAUAUGACUGAAAUGUCUUUCACAAAUGAGGUUUUUAUCGGAGGAAUGCGGAAAGGCUUCAGCAUUGCUGGUGUUUCUAGCCAAGGCCUCAUAGGUUGCAUAACAUCUGUUCAGUUUGAUGGCAAUGAAAAGGACCUCGGUUCCAAUUUAGAGGCAGUAGGAGUGUCCCCUGGGUGCAGUGAUGAAGCCAAGGUGUUCUCUAUUGAAGAGGAUGCCCCGGGUUACGUAGCUAUGCCCACUGUGAAUGUAGGCAAAGUCUAUGAGAUGACAUUCAGAUUUAAGAGCAAUAAAGAGGAUGGUAUCAUGAUGUAUUCUGCUAAUGACGAUCAGUCUCAAGCAUUCUCUGUGUCAAUGGUUGAUGGAAGGAUUGCUAUUGGUGUUGUGCCAGGCAAUGGCAAGUUAAGCACCGUCAAUUCUGGUGGAAAUACCUACAACGAUGGCAAAUGGCAUUAUGUCUCAUUAAAGAAGGAAGACCUGACUGUUACCCUUAAUAUAGAUGACAAAGAGAACAUCCAGGGACCUAUUACAGGUACCAGACGUAGGAAGUUAAGCACCAACAGCUACCAGUACUAUGGUGGUGUACCAGAUGACUACACCAUAGUUGAACAGAAUAUACCAACUGUCAAACCAUUUGCUGGAUGUAUAGGAGAUGUAACUGUUAAUGGAAGAUUAUUGGACUUUGGCGAAACUGCUCCUGACAAUAGAGUGAAUGUCUAUUUAGCUACCUGCCAUAUAGAGGACCCUGAAACACCAGUCAUAGACAUAGACACUAGACCUUCACCUGAUGGUGACAUUGGUAAAAAUACUACUGAAAUAAUCACUCCACCACGCUACUCAUACACGUGGGUGGAAGACUUCAUCGCCCGAGACCAAGAUGCAUUCAAAUUCCGAGUACGUGCUGGC